AUGCAAAUCCUCGUCACUUGUUGCGGGUCGCUUCUGCUGUUGGCGCUCGUCGAAAGCGGAGAUUUGCUCAACGAUCGCCCGACAGCUGAUCUCGCGAAGAGGCCAUUGGAGCAUCCACCCCCGCCAGCCGGCCUUCUGCCGUUCGUGGAUGAGUCAAAAGACGGGACUCCCGAGCAAAUCGAAAGUUUUGGGAAGAAUUUGCCGGAACAAGUCGAUUCUGCCGCCAAAAAGACAUUUGAUGCGCUUGAGAAAGGCGGGAAAUCGAGGAAAACGACGAUUUUUAUCCCGAAACAUCUCGUCAACUCGAGCUCGACCGGCAAAUUGCAAAGAAAAGUGAAAAAGUUGAGGAAAAAGAAGAGGAAUUUGAUUGUAAAGAGUAGUGUGCUGGACCCGGUGAGUAGUACUCUGGCGUACACGAGAAAUAAGAGAAAACGAGGGAAUCGAACGCCUUUUGGAAAUCGUGGACAAGCUACCGUAGUCGCGAAGUUGAAUGCGCUUUUAAAAGGUGAUAAAGCUAGAGUAGCCGAGAGGUUAAAUGGUGGAAAAGCUACCGUACCCAUGGCGAAAGCUCCUCCACUUACUGUACUCCCGUUUUCGUCUCAAAAUCACAUCAACGAGCCCACGAUUUCGCAUCGAUCGAUUGGGGGGAAACGUCGGAAAUUCCCGAUUCGAAUCAUCCCGCAAAGGACUACGUCAGUAGUGGACCCUGAGGAAAAGAUUUUGGAGUACACGACAAGCGUCACGACUCUUGGAGUGACUUCACCUGGGCUCGAGCUGCCCGAGUACCCGGAUGACAUCACGGAGACGAGUACGGUCGCUGGCACUCUAGCUUCAACCUCAGGCACCCUGGAAACGACAAAUACCGUGACCCAGAUGGCUACAGAACCAGCUACAACACUCUGGACUACGGUAACUCCAGUGCUGCCCAUCAACAACCGGGAAACUUUAGCUGAACUCGUGUCAAUCAAAGCGAAUGAUGGACAGGGCACUCAGGCUACUGUAGGCACUCAGGAAAGCACGGGAAUUGGCCGAGAGGGUACUGUAACCACUCAAGACCCUUUUUCCGAUUCAAUCUUCUUCCCUGAGAUCACGAUUCAGCCACCCAUUGAAAUAUCGGAUAACGAACCGACAACGACUACGGCCACACCAAAUACCGGCUUCUUUGGGGUUACGGUAAACCCGCCAAGCGAUGAUCAGUUAGCUGAAGCCGAGAAAAUUGUGAAGAUUAAAGAAGAGCGGAGAAAAGUCGAAGAGGAAGAGUACUACAGGACGAGCACUGAGCCAACGAGUGCAGCUACAGUUGUGAGCACUGUAUUGGAUCGUGAUGCGGAGGGGGGUAUUGUAGAGGCUCAGGGUGCUGCCCAAGAAGGUACUGUAGCUGAUGGAGGUAUCGGAAGAGGCCUUGAGGGUACGGUGAUGGGUCAGGAAGGCACUGUAGCCACCGAGGAGGGUACUGUGGGCGGCCAGAGUUCAACAACGGAAAAACUAGAGCCCUACACUGGGACCACGGUCGAGCCGACCCUGUACAAGGUCUUCGGUGACAUCAACGACGAUUUAGAAAACGCGAAUUUUGUCGGGAAAUUCAGCCUACAAGAGGACCCGGAGGAGCUACAAAAGGAAAUCAUCGGCAUCGUCAAAGCCGUGCAACCAGCGCUGGAAUCAAAUGGAUCCGUGGUGAUCCUGGAAGCGGAUGUGCGCGGAAUUGACGAGAAUUUGGCGCCGAAUUUGGUGGUGAAACAGGUGAACAAAGCGCUGAAGAAGGUGAAGAAGUUGAGGAGGAAGAAGAUCAAGAAUGCAGAGAUCAGCACUGGAGAUAAGCAAGGACAUCAGAUUCCAUUACAAGCUGGAGCUGGAGCUGGAGCUGGCCAAGUACUUCAAGUACCUCUACAAGUCAGUGCUGGAGCUAGUCCUGGAGCUGGACAAGUCCACCAGGCACUUCAAGUACCUCUACAAGCCCGGAGUACUGUAGCUGGCCAAGCCAAGUCACUACAGCCUCAGCCUGGAGCUGGCCAGAUCCAACACCUACGACAAAUCCCUACCGUAUCUGGAACAGUUCGAUCCAGCCAACAACUGCGACAAGUCCCAUUGCCACCAGCCUACGUACAGCAACAACUACAACCCGUUCCUUUGCCCAGUACCGGAGCUGAACCGGUUCGCCCGGGACCACACAGCUUGCCCAGAUUUUGGAACUAUCAGCUUCAGCAACAACAACAACCACAACAGCAUUGGGCUUACUAUCAACCACUCGGUCAACAGCAAGCUCAAGAAGUGCUAGCGAUAAUCAAAGAGCUCAAAAAGGCGCAGGGAUCCUCAAAGAAACCCCAAAGUUUUUCUGUUUUCACAACAACGAAACAGUCAUACUUCAUCUUGCCAAAUGGACGAGUGCUUGUCGUAGCCGAAGAGUCGAGAUUGGCCAAGCAUCGGCUAGACGAUGAGGAUAAAGUUGUGGAAGCGCCGAGGGGGAAACGAAUGCUUUUCGAGCCGGAGCGCAAGAAAUUGGAUGGAGAAAGUGGGUAUGAUGAGGUGAAGAUUCACGAUGGAUCGUUGAGUCCGGAAGAGAUUGAGGCAAGGCAGUUGGAGGGAGAAAUCGAGAAGAAAAUGCGAGCGACUUUUGGCGAUGAGGCGAUUGAUAGCGUCUCUCCGCUGUCGCUACAUGCUUUCCGAUCUUCCACCGAGAUCCCGACGCGCCAUUUGCAAUCGAAUGGUGGCACGGAUGAACAGCUUCUGACCGAAUCCGACAAUCCAUUAGACUCGGAAAGUUUCCCGAUUCCACAAGAAAAGUUCCCAAUGCCCUCCCGCCCUCCUCCUUCAAGAACAAUCAUCUCUGGCGGCCAUCCCGGCUCUCCCACCCAACACCAAAAUCAAAAUCGACGAAAAUUUCAACUCCGACUAGUUUCUUUAUACAAUAAGCAU